AUACAUGCUAAACAGUAUUGCACAAAAUAUGACAUGAUGAUAUUAUUAAUAUUAUUGCUAUUUAAUCAAGUGAAUGCUCAAAGCUUUUCAAAGCUUCCCAAAACACCGAGAAAAGUUUCAAAAUGGCCGACAAAACAAUUUGCAAGGACAGAUAAUAUAGAACUGAGCUGUAAUGGAAAGUUUUACCAAGGUUAUAAAAUCAGUGAUGGAGACUCUGGGGAUAUCGUCUUUGCUCCUGGAUAUUCUUCUAUUCUCUGUCUAUGGAAGUUUUUUCCUACAAACUGCCGGAUAACCUUUUCUUGUUCUGAGUUUUCUGUAAGUUCUGAGACAUCACCCGACACAUGUUCAAGAAAGAUUGUUACGAUUGUUGAGAGAAGAAAUCCUAGAAAAUGGUGUGGAAAGCAGGUCCCACCUACCUUCCAGAAACCUCUCCGAACUAGACGCGCAUUUACAGCCGGAUAUCUGAACCUUGGGUUAGGGAAUUCCUCACAGGAUAAAUUCCGCUGUUCUGUUUCUUGUAACAAAAGAGUGGAGACCCGACCUGUUAUAAAACCAUCAGCCACAUUAAAUUGCCAAUGUGGGAUUACUUCCUCUAUUUCCAGAGCAAAAAGCAUCCGCACCCUCCUUGGAAAUUCGUCUUCACAAUCGAUGAGUCGAAUAAUCGGCGGAACAAUUGCAGCUACUGGAUCAUUUCCCUGGCAGGCUAGCCUGGCAGUCUCUGGGCCUGAUAUAUUCUGUGGAGGUACUCUUAUAUCAGACAGGCAUGUUUUAACAGCAGCACAUUGUUUAGAGGGGGUUGAUACUGCAACCUUAGCAAUUAUUCAAAUCAUAUUAAACAAAUACAACACUGAUGAUACUGCAGAGGGAACUAUUAGAUCAAUAUCUAAGGUCGUCCUCCAUCCGUCCUUUAACUCUGAUACACUCGCCAAUGAUAUUGCGGUCAUCACACUUCAGACAACAGUUCCAAUUUCAAGUUCAAUUUUACCAGCUUGCCUACCACUUUUUAACCAAAGCCCCGCAGUUGGAAGUGUUGCAACAGUGUCAGGGUUUGGAGUAAUUCAAGAAGAUAAUUCAGAAGCAAGUACAAGUUUGAGAGAGGUUGAUGUAAAUAUAAUAUCUAACAGUAUGUGUUCCUCUCUGAAUGAUGUUUACAAAACAAGAAUUCUAAAUACAAUGCUCUGUGCCAGUGUACCGGAAGGGGGAAAGGACGCAUGUAAGCGGGACUCUGGAGGGCCUCUAGUGUCAAGAUUUGGUACUAAAAGUACAAUAGUUGGUAUAGUCAGCUGGGGUCUAGGCUGUGCAGCAGCCACUUAUCCUGGUGUUUAUACAAGGGUUUCAAGUUUUAUUCCCUGGAUUGAAGAAGAAAUGAAGACUGGUAGAAAAUGUACAGCUUAAAAACAAAAUUUAGUAAUCAUUUUUUAAAAUUUUCCGAAAUUCGGAGAAUGCAAAACUUACAAAUUUCUUUUUUGAAUAUUGUUUUUGUUCGAGCAAGUAUUUGAAUAUAAAAAUUAAUGGAUUUAUUUAUUGUAUUUUUUUGCCAAGAUAAAUAUCACAAAUAUUCUGUA